GACUCCAAUUGCAAGGAUCACUGUAGAUCCAGGGGAAAGGGAAUGCGCCGGCGCUUCGCGUAUGAUCUGAAUUUCCUCAUCUCUUGGAUCACUACAAUAGACGCCAACGGAGUGGUAGACGCUGGAUGAUUAUCGAUGAUGAUUUGUGAUGGGAUGGAAAUGGAAAUGGAUAGUAUGAUUCUGAAUGUUGAAAUGAAACAGCGCAGAGUAGAGUUAAGUAGAACAAACAGAGAUAUGACCACUACAAGACCAGAGAACAAAGAGGAACUUGAUAAUGACCUAGACCUGGCGUAUGACAUCCCUGAGGAGGAAAUUCGGGGAAUGUGUUAUCAGCGACGUUCGUCGUCGCGUCGUGGUGUUGGUGUUGUUGCCAUCAAGUAUAUCUAUAUCCCCCGGACUCGGAGUCGGUGAUUUCCCAUUCCCUCCAGCGAACACAACCACACCAACCGCACUGCACGUUCCUCAUCCUUUCCAUCCCCGAACAAACUAUCCCCCUCCCCUUCAUCAUACUCACCUUCCUCCUCAGUCAAACUCCCGGACGCCGACAACGCCGGUGUCGAAGGCAACGAGGAGGAGGUGUUGUGUGACGACGACAACGACGAAGGGGAUACACUGGGAAACGCGGCAUGCAGAUCCUACAACUACAUACAUACUAUCUUCUUCUUCUUCAAAGUAUCAUGAUGAAUCAUGAGUAAUAGUUGAAUCAUGAGUAUAGUAUGUAUAUUCUGAACCAACCCCCACUGGCACUU